UUCUGGAUGGAGAUGACAGCAGCAGGGAGCUCGUCAUACUGCGUAACCAGCCCCAUCCUCCCCCUGAGCCGCCCUCAUUGCCUUUCUUGGGGUCUGUGCCGGGUAUAUAACGCUGAGCAGAGCCGAGAGUGCACAGUGCUGCACACUACAGCAGCCUAUCUUACAGGAUCCCGAUCUACCUCUAUAUACACAGCACCUUCUGCACUACGUCUUCAUUGCGGCACUUGUAUAAUCGGCUCCGUGUGACUGGGACCCAACACCAUCCUGCGACUCUCAUGCGUCUACCGACCAUGUCCAGCAACUUUCUACUAGCCCCAAUUCCGGAGUCUGCGGACUAUUUCACUGUACGGGAUAUAAAAAUGGCUGUGAUGGGGGCCAGCAGUGUGGGCAAGACAGCAAUGAUCGUCCGAUUCCUCACAAAGCGAUUUAUUGGAGACUAUGAAACGAAUACUGGGAACCUGUACUCCAGACUUGUGAGCGUAGAAGGAGAACAUAUGUCUUUGCAGAUCCAGGACACUCCAGGAUAUGUCAAGGUGGAGGAUGACAUGUCCCAGGUAGCAGACAUGUUGCGGUGCGUGCAGUCAGCAGAAGGCUUCCUCCUGGUAUACUCCAUCACAGACUAUCGGAGCUAUGAAUACAUCCGUAACCUUCACCAGCACAUCCGGAAGGUCCAUUCAGACACUAAGACUCCCAUCAUUAUAGUGGCCAAUAAAGGGGACCUUCUCCAUGUGAGGCAGGUGCCCUCAGAAGCUGGCGUUCAGCUGGCCAGUGAACUGGGCUGCCCUUUUGUAGAAAUCUCCACUAGUGAAAACUAUCAGGACGUUUGUGAGGUUUUCCAGCAUCUGUGCAAAGAGAUCAGCAAGCACCAGUCCACCGGCAACGGAGAGAAAAGACGCGGCUCCAUAAUCCCCCGACCAAAGUCACCAAACAUGCAAGACCUAAAGCGACGGUUCAAACAGGCGCUGUCGCCGAAAGUCAAGGCUUCCUCAGCCAUUGCCUAGCCAAGAAUCUGCGUACCAAAGACUUAUUUUCUACAUUUUACAGAGUUAUUUAUUUUUGUAUGGACAUUCUCAGUGUGUAUGUCGAUAAGCAUACAUCAUA